AUGGCUUCUUCAGCUCCAACGGACUCGGCGGCGGCGUCGCUGCAGAAUGAAAAACAUCAGGCGACAGGGUUUGCGGAAGUUGCACCUCCAGAAGGAACGGAUGAGCACCACCGCCAGGAGAUACUGGACCGGUUCACCGCCGAAGAUGACAGAAGAAUCAUGCGCAAGGUCGAUUGGCACUUCCUUCCCCUCCUGGUCUUGAUGACCAUCAUCAAGCAGUUCGACUACACCAAUGCCGCGUCGGUGAGGGUCUUGCAAGUUGGUCUACCCAGCAACAUCAUGAAGGAGUUGGGGCUGUCCGCCAACGACUACAACUGGCUACAGACUCUUUAUUCGCUGGGCAUGCUCUUCUUCGAGGUUCCCAGUAAUCUGUUGCUCAAAAAGGUCACGCCGCGCAAGUGGAUGACCCGGAUCUUCCUCACCUGGGGCAUCGUGGUGGCCUGCCAGGCCGCCGUUCAAAACCGGGGGGGAAUCUACGCAUGCCGCUUCCUCCUGGGCGUCCUCGAGGCCGGCUUCUUCCCCGGCGUCACCACCCAGAUGUGCAGCUGGUACCGCAGCGACGAGUACGGCAAACCGGUCGGGACGUAUUUCAUGGCCCAGGCUUUCUCCGGCGUUCUCGGCUCACUCCUCGUCUACGGCAUCUCCUACAUGGACGGGCUGGGCAACCUCAGCGCCUGGCGCUGGGUGUUCCUGCUGGAAGGUCUGGUCACCAUUCUGUUCUCCGCCGUCAUCUACCUCGUGCUGCCCGACUACCCAAAGUCCGCCCGGUCGGCCAAGUGGCUUACGCCGGACGAGCAAGAGUACCUGGAAGCUCGGUUGUCGGAGAAUGCUCCUCGAACGGAUGAAAAGGCCUUCCGGCUCAGCGAAAUCAUCGACGUUCUCAAAGACCCCCGCAUCAUCUUCUUCACUGCUUGCCAGCUCAUCCUCAACAUCGCCGGCUACGGUCUCUCCUGGCAGACUCCGGUCAUUGUGACCCAGCUCGGCUUCACCAAACUGCCGCGGAACCAGCUGCUCCUGAUCCCGCCUGCCAUGGGCCAGGUUCUGGGCCAAAUCGCGGUGGUCUGGUUCCUGUCCAAGGCCUACGUGGUCCGACCGGCGAUCAACAUGGCGCUGUGCGUCGGAACGCUGGUGUUCUACAUCGUGCUGUGUUUCCCCGUGAGUGCGGGCGCCACGUAUGCGGCCUGUGUGAUGGGGCAAUCGUUGUUCUACACCUACUUUGUGGUUUUCUGGUCCUGGCGCUCUUCCAGCUUGGUCGGCGCCACCGGCACCGCCUUCACACUGGCGGCGCAAACCGCCCUGGCCCAGGUCGGUUCCAUCAUUGCGCCCAACGUGUUCCAGUCCAAAUGGGCGCACAAUGGCUACAAGAAGUCCUUUUACAUCCUCGCCGUGUGCGUGGCCUGCGCUGUGGUGACGACCGGGAUCGCCUGGUAUCUGACCAGGAAGCUGGAAUACGAAGUUUGGCAAGUCCGGAAGCACAGAAUCGCCGCGGAGAAGAAGAACAAGGUCUGGACCGGGACCGACGUCCACUUCUUCGAAAACCGAGUCUUCUACCCCAAACCCUCGCGUUUCCGCGCUCGACGAGAAGCCAGGUAG